UUUUUGACUCGUGAGGCGGUCCGGAGGAGACUGCACAAACAGGAGAGAGAGAGAGAGAGAGAGGAGAGAGAGAAACCAAACUAAAGGCCAUGUCUGCUGGCCAAAGCUCUAGAGAGAGAAAGAGAAAGAGAGAGAGAGAAUGAAAUGAAUCAUAUAGUAGAAAAUCUAGAGGGGAGAGAGAGAGAGAGAUUGAAGGAGGUCUAGCCUGAUCUUCCCUUUUUCAAUUAGUGUUUACAAAACACUUAACAAUCAAUCUCUGUUUACAAAACCCAUGUCUUCUUCUUCAGAUUCAACAAACCCACCACCAGGAAUGGAGAAACCAGCCACCGUAACGCCACCACCAGCUCCACCACCAUCAAAACCCAUAUGGGUCCUUCCCUACAAGACCCAAAGUCUCCAAAAUCUUUACACAAUCGGGAAAAAGCUAGGGCAAGGACAGUUCGGAACCACCCAUCUCUGCACAGAGAAGUCUACUGGGAUUAACUACGCUUGCAAAUCGAUCCCAAAGAAGAAGCUCAUCUGCAAGGAGGACUAUGACGAUGUUUGGAGAGAGAUUCAGAUAAUGCACCAUCUCUCUGAACACGCGAAUGUGGUUCGAAUCAAGGGUACUUAUGAGGAUCGACUCUAUGUGCAUAUAGUCAUGGAAUUGUGUGCUGGUGGAGAGUUGUUUGAUCGGAUUGUACAGAAAGGGCAUUACAGUGAGAGAGAAGCUGCCAAGCUCAUUAAGACCAUUGUUGGGGUUGUGGAGGCUUGUCAUUCUUUGGGCGUUAUGCAUAGAGAUCUUAAGCCUGAGAACUUCUUGUUCCUUAGUACUGAUGAGGAUGCUGCCCUCAAGGCUACUGAUUUUGGCUUGUCUGUCUUCUACAAGCCAGGUGAAACUUUUUCUGAUGUGGUUGGGAGUCCAUAUUAUGUUGCGCCAGAGGUGUUGCAUAAGCAUUACGGACCUGAAGCAGAUGUAUGGAGUGCUGGAGUUAUUUUGUACAUUUUACUGAGUGGCGUUCCACCUUUUUGGGCUGAAACUGAAUUGGGGAUCUUCCGGCAGAUAUUACAAGGAAAAUUAGAUUUUGAAUCUGAACCAUGGCCUGGAAUUUCAGACAGUGCCAAGGAUCUAAUACGGAAAAUGCUUGACAGAAAUCCAAAGAGAAGGCUAUCUGCCCAUGAAGUUUUGUGCCACCAAUGGAUUGUUGAUGACAGAGUUGCCCCAGAUAAACCUCUUGAUUCCGCAGUGCUAUCACGCCUGAAGCAAUUUUCUGCAAUGAACAAACUUAAGAAGAUGGCUUUACGUGUCAUUGCUGAGAGGCUUUCAGAGGAAGAAAUUGGUGGUCUGAAAGAGUUAUUUAAAAUGAUAGACACAGACAGUAGCGGAACAAUAACCUUUGAUGAACUGAAAGAGGGCUUGAGACGAGUGGGUUCUGAACUCAUGGAAUCCGAGAUUAAGGAUCUCAUGGAUGCAGCAGAUAUUGACAACAGUGGAACAAUAGACUACGGUGAGUUUCUGGCUGCUACUGUGCACUUGAACAAGUUGGAGAGGGAGGAGAAUUUGGUGUCUGCCUUCUCCUUUUUUGACAAAGACGGCAGUGGUUACAUAACCAUUGAUGAGCUUCAAGAAGCCUGCAACGAGUUUGGUUUAGGUGAUGUUCACCUUGAUGAGAUGAUCAAGGAAAUUGAUCAAGAUAAUGAUGGACAAAUAGAUUAUGGGGAAUUUGCUGCAAUGAUGAGGAAGGGCAAUGGAGGGGUUGGGAGGAGAACCAUGAGAGGCAAUUUCAACUUAGGAGAUGCUCUUGGAGUUUAGAGAGACACUGGAAAAAACUUGUCAACAUCAACUGUAGGCCAUCUCAAGUAUGAUUAGAUUGAUGAAUAGCAGGGUUUUUUUUUUUUUUUUUUUUUUUUUUUUUUUUUUGGAGAAUGGUUUGAUGGCUGCUGCUCUGAUUGUACACCUCAUGCAGGGUUGAAUGGAAAAAAGCACAUAUAUAUGGACAUUGGUCCUGUUUGGUAGGACUUAUUUUUAACUUAUUUCAGUUUUUAGCUUAAUUUAAAUUAUUUUGAUAUGUUUGAUUCAGCUUAACAAUACAGCUUAUAGUUUUUUGUAAGUCAAAAA